AUGGAUUUAAGAGUAGGAAGGAAAUUCAGAAUAGGUAGAAAGAUCGGAAGUGGAUCCUUUGGUGAUAUUUAUCACGGUACCAACCUUAUCAGUGGUGAAGAGGUUGCUGUCAAACUAGAGUCUAUCCGUUCAAGACAUCCACAAUUAGAUUACGAAUCCCGUGUUUACAAAUAUCUUAGUGGUGGUGUUGGGAUUCCAUUCAUUAGAUGGUUUGGCCGUGAAGGUGAGUACAAUGCUUUAGUGAUCGAUUUACUUGGACCAUCAUUAGAGGACCUUUUCAAUUACUGUCAUAGACAAUUUUCUUAUAAGACAGUGAUCAUGUUAGCACUACAAAUGAUAUGCCGAAUCCAAUAUAUGCAUGGUAGAUCUUUCAUCCAUCGUGAUAUUAAGCCUGAUAAUUUUUUAAUGGGAACUGGAAGACGUGGUAGCACUGUACAUGCUAUUGAUUUUGGGUUAUCUAAAAAAUACAGAGAUUUCAACACACAUCGUCAUAUUCCAUACAGAGAAAACAAAUCAUUGACAGGUACAGCUCGUUAUGCAAGUUUGAACACCCAUUUAGGGAUAGAACAAAGCAGAAGAGACGAUUUGGAAUCUCUAGGUUACAUGUUGAUCUACUUUUGUAAGAGUUCUCUUCCAUGGCAAGGUUUGAAGGCUACUACAAAGAAACAGAAAUAUGAUAGGAUUUUGGAAAAGAAACUAUGCAUUAGUAUCGAUACAUUAUGUCAAGGUCUACCAAUUGAAUUCGCUCAAUAUAUGAGUUAUUGCAGAAACUUGGUAUUUGAUGAAAAACCAGAUUAUUUAUAUUUGGCAAGAUUAUUCAAGGAUCUAAGUAUUAAGUUAGAUUAUCAUAAUGAUCAUUUGUUUGAUUGGACUAUGUUACGUUACACCAAGGCGAUGUUUGAAAAACAAAAAGAUUUGUUGAAGGACUCUGGAGCUGGCGUAGACGUUUCUGGUAUCGAUAAAGAUGGCUCUGGUCCGAAUUCAAAGAGUUUCAAAACAGAACAAUUCAAUAAAAUUAAAACUUUGGCAAUGAAAAAAUUUGCAGCUCAUUUCCAUUAUUAUGUUAGUGACGAUAUACAUAAUCCAACAGUAGAAGACAUUAAAAAACAAUCUGUGGAGAAUAGUUUAGCAAUGGUUAACAUGCCUCCAGAUUUAUUGAAAGCUAUAGAUAACGGAAUGGAGCAUUUGAAGAAUAAACAAAAGGCGCCAGAACAAGACACUGUAGAGCAACCACUUUUGCAAACACAACAACAAGAACAAUUAGCAUUUACCACACCUAUGCCACAGGCAAACAAUCAUCAAUUUACAAAGGGCAAGUCAUACUACCCACAACAACAAUAUCAGCAACCUCUUCAGGCAAACCCUGUGACGGUUACUGCUACCGUUAUGGGAAAUCAUUCAGGUAAUGACAACAUCCGCACUAGUAGUAAUAAUAUUAAUAACAGUAAUAAUAACCAAUCACAAUCUAAACCAUCAGGUUCGCAUAACAUAUGGUUAUAA